AGCCUGUCUGCCAACAGCUUCAGCAGCGGCUCUAUCUGGAACCCACUACACUCACUGACAAUUAAAGGAGGCCCCUUUUUCUUCUUAUUUCCGAGGACUAUUCUUCACCAUGGGCGACAAAAAGAGCCCUACCAGGCCGAAAAGACAAGCCAAACAGAGCGCUGAUGACGGCUACUGGGACUGUAGCGUCUGCACCUUCAGGAACACCGCCGAGGCUUUCAAAUGCAGCAUCUGCGAUGUGAGGAAGGGCACAUCCACAAGGAAACCCAGGAUCAACUCCCAGCUGGUUGCCCAGCAGGUGGCUCAGCAGUACCCGAUGCCUCCCCCGCCCAAGAAGGAGCGGAGGGAGAGGAGCGAGCGCACAGACAAGGAGCGCCCGGAUGGCGAAGGAGAGCGCGCCAACGGAGAGGGACGCCCAGAGGGAGAGCGUCCAGAGAGAGUGAGGCCAGAGGGAGACACUCCCGAGAAGGAAAAGAGCGACAAAGAACAGCCAAUCAAAGACAAACCCGACACAGAGAAGGACAUCAGCCCAGCCGUCACAAAGAAGCCCAGCAGCAAAAAGACCAGGUCAGUACCCAAAUCAGACAACCAUCAGAGCCCACCCAGUGACAAACACAGCAUACAGUCUGGCAAAUCAGCAACCAAGACCAACAAGAACUCUCACAUUUCCAGGCCCAAACUGAAGAACGUGGACCGGAGUACCGCCCAGCAGUUGGCUAUCACCGUAGGGAACGUGACAGUCAUCAUAACAGACUUUAAGGAGAAGACCCGCUCCUCCUCGACGUCCUCGUCCACCAUCACGUCCAGCGCGGGCUCUGAACAACAGCACCAGAGCUCCGGCUCCGAGAGCAUGGACAAGGGCUCGUCGCGCGCCUCCACACCUAAAGGGGAUCUGUCUGUGGGGCACGACGAGUCGUUCUGAGGCCCCCGUCCCCUUGCCCCCCCGCCCCCCUUCCUCACCCUACUCCACUGCCCGUUUCCCCACGUUUCUGGACACUAUGGAUCCCAUAGGGGGAGAGAUUUCACCUUUCCCAUCGCUGCCCUGUCUCCAUUCCAUGACCAACCCUGGAUGCUGAGAGGAGCUGGCUGGCAGAGAGGAACAGUGUGGUGCGUCUGCUGGGGAAACAAACACCCUGCUGGGGGAACUUCCCUUGUGGUUACACCCGUGGUACAGGCGAGGAGAGCUGGGCUACAAGGAUUAAUGCCCCCACCCCCGACCUCCCCUGCGGUAGCAUCCAGACACUUGUAUGUAUUGUUUUAUAUUUGUACGUGGAUGUGAGGCCAAGUCGACAUUUUUUUUUUGUUUUUGUAAAGAAGAAUUCUCCGCUGGGCACAAUAACCACCAUCAUUUCAAUAACUUUAAACUAUUAUUACCCUUAUUUAUUACCUGUUGCACCUGUAUACUUUGAUGUUCUCCUUUUUAUGUUGAAGCUUUGCUGUGUAGCUCUGCCGAUCGAUCAUUCCUUCAGUGUUUUUAUUACCGUUUAAAAAUUAUAGGACAAGACACGAGUCACACGGACAGACAAACAGACACACACACACACACACACACACACACACUGGUGCUAGAUACACUGUGAAGCGGUUUUGCAGAUCUGGGAUUGCCCAUUCACUCAAUGUGACAAAGUGCUGAAGAAUCAAAUUCUCAUUCACUUUUCUCAACUACACUGUCUCACUCUGAACACUGUCAGGACCUCAGUCUGGCCCAUCUACUUGUUCUGUACAGGUCAGUGUGCAUCAGAAGAAGGUCACCUGAGGUUCACACACCUGACUCUUUCAGCUAGAUUGUCUCUGAUUUAGUAUGCUAUAGCAAAUCUCUUAUACAGUAUCUUAUGUCCUUAACUGUACAGUGUAGGCUGUUGUGUAAAACACUAAAAGCUGUUGAUAUUUUCUGCAUUCCGUACUUCGAUAUUGAGUUUUCUGGCCGAAGGUAGAGCUGUCCUCUCAGCUCUUGAGCCAGAGUUUUUCUGUUGUGACUGAAGGAUGGUUACACACAGUUCUUGUUGGUAAAACCAUAUCGAACUGUAAAAUAGGCCUGUUGUGUCAAGCUGUUGUGAAUCGAUUUCAUUUUUCUUUUGUUGUGGUCCUGAAGACAACUUUGAAUCUUCAUUCUCUCAACCUGAAAACAAGUGCAAGACAUGAACAAUUUGCAAAGAUUGACAAUUGACUUUUUUUAUUUUUUAUUAUUAAUUUAAGACUCCUGUCAUUGAAGGCAAAAUUGCAGUAGUUAAUAGAACACAAUUGCUCUUACAAUUUUUAGAACAGCAAGGCUUAUUUAAGGGUUUUAAUUCACUUUCACCUUAGCUGAUACUAGACCAACAUAAUUUACUUUUUAACUGUAUGAAAUUGUAUAAAGAAUAAAUGUGUAUAUGAUAUCUUAGUUUUAUUUAUUGAAGGACCAAAGGAAUUUCAUAAUGACAUGAUAAAUAGACAGAUAAAUAACAAUUUGAAAUGCAAUUAUCUAAUGUGUGAGAUGAAUAACAGUUUAAAUAAAGACUAAUAUAACCCAUGCAAAUGGUGUUCUUAUUGUCCACUUGUCUCUGUGCACGGCUAAAUUGGGGCAGAGAUCUGUCAAUGCUGUGAGCCGAGUCAAACAACCCCACCGGCUCCACGCCCAGUGGCGGAUCUUGCCUCAUUGUACAAGCGAUGAGAAGAGCUCUGGGUCUGCUGGGUCGAAGCCUUUGGCUUUAGUAAGCCCCCUCUUCACUCUGCUGGACUACCACAGAACAUGUAGCUCCCCUAACAGAGGCCCCAACUAAACUACCAACUAAAACCAGGUUAGGUGAGGGUAAGAAGUCCUAAAAAAAACUCUGGAUCUGAGGGGCAGGUUUUGAUCUGUGUCAACAAAAAGCUUUGCAGUUUCACACGUAAGGAUGAUAAUCACAUGUGUGUCGGAAGCAAUGUUUGAAGCCCAAGAGAUAUGUGUUCAUAAGUUUUUUCUGCUCUUAAGCUAUGGUUAAUAUGUAAUUAUGUACUUUAUUGCAUACAAAUAUGAAAUCAGUGUUCAAAGUGAGGAAAAGCAAUGUGAAUAAAGCUAAAAAAGGGGGACUGUUGGGUCAGAGGGGAAAAUGUUUUGUCCAAUUUUUACUGAGAAUAAAAGCCUGCUUUGUAAUGCAAUCUAUUAGAAAUGGGCCCAAAAAGCCAUCUUUUCACCUGCCUUAUCUGCAACCACAUUCACUUGACUGAGUACUCCAACAGAAAGGAUUCAUUGUUAAAUUAUUGACAAAUGGCCAUUUGCUGAGUAUAUGAAUUAUUGCCUGUAUAUAGAAUUUUAAAAAGGUGCAAAAGCAAACACUAUGAAUAAUGGCAUUGGAGCUGAAGUCUUUUGUUUCCUGUUUCCUUUCCGCGCAAGCAGUUCUGUUCUUGUGUGCGACCAGUAACCUUAAUUUACUGUGUAAAGAUGGUUACAUUUUUUAGCUUUGUUUGUCAGAGACCCAAAUAUAGAAGGCUUGUUUACUGACUGUAUAACCUUAACCGUGAAUUUCCAAUUAAGUGUAUUAUACAAACUCAUUUCUUCCUAUAACAAUGUCUUGUACAAUGCUUUUAAAGUUAUUGCUCGGUUUAAAGAAAAAAAUGGAAAAAAAAAGUUUUAGGGACAGUACAAUAAUCCAUUCAUUGUUUAAUACAGUUUUAGUUUUUCUUUCUUUUUUUUUUUAACUUAUAGCUGAUGUGUCAUUGUUUCCCCUUGUGAAAUGGUCACAUUAUGUUCCUGGUGUGGAAAUGUACGCAGCAUUUUCAGCGGAUCACGGCUCCUUGUCUAGCUUAUAAUGUUAAAAUAAUACAUGUUUCUGGCAUGUGCACGACUUUGCGCUUAUAGGCUAACCUGAUCAUUUUCCUCCGCUUCAAAUAGAAAUGUCUAUUUAUGAAUUUUGCUUGUAGUUUUUCA